UGGAUGAUUCUAUUUCUCAACAUUAGAAUUCCCCCUGGAAACAACUAUAUGAAUGUUAUUUCCUGGGUCGGUCACGGUUUGGUUCUGGUAAAUAUAAGAUUUCCAUAUCCCAUUGGUUCAGGUCACACACUGUAUAAUAAAGUAGCCACAGAUCUCUCACUGUCAUUCACUUGGAAAGUCCCAGACACACUUAGGAUUUAAGGCUGAAUAUUUAUAGAGUCCACAUGAAUCUGCCUUCCCCGUCCUCUCUGAGAGCCUGAAUCUGGGGGUGAGAGACCAAUCAAGGGAAGGUAUCAGACUGUAUGAGGAGGAAGCAGCCAGCGAUGGAGAAUGCAGAGGAGAUACAGCCUGAGACUGUAGCUCAGCGAGUUGCACGACUGCCUUUCAUCCAUUCCUCCUUCCAGAUCUUCUCCUCGGCUUAUCAUGAUGUCAAGGACCUGAACCCCCUUGUCAGUUACUUGUGCCGCCUGUCAGAGCGCGGUGUGAAUGUGGCUAGUAGAGUGGCCAGUGCCGGAGCAUCUCCUGUCCUGAGUAUAAUGAAGCCUCAGAUUGCGCUGGUGAACAGUGUGGCCCUGCGGGUGGUGGAUGAACUACAGACACAACUACCUGUGCUGGACCAACCAGCAGACGAGGUGGUUGCAGAAUUCUGGGACACACUGACGGGUGCAGCGGGUGCUGCCAGGGAUCAGGUGCUUAACUCCCUGCAGGAGGCACAAGACAGAACCAAUGGACUAGUCACGGGUGCACAGGGUGCUGCUUUGUUGGCCGCCACCACAUUGGGCAACCUGGGCAUCCGAGAGUCACUGGAGCUGGGGGCUGAGCUGCUGGUUUCCCAGGCAGUGAAGCUGGUUGAUACUUACCUACCUGAGCAGGAGGAAGAAGAGGAGGAUGAGGAUGAAGGAGAGGCAGGGUCGGGAAGGGGCAGCAGUGAUGAGGAAGGAGAGGAAUCAGGCGGAUCUGCUGUUGGACUCAUCUCCAUGAUCUGGUUGCUACUCGAUACCAUCAUACCUAGCAGGCUGAUGAGGCUGGAUGCAUCUGUAUAUAGUGCCUGGACCAUCCUCUACGGAGCCCUUAAUCUGGGGCUGAGUGUGCCCUUAAAGCUGAAAAGUCAAUUGCAGAGUCUCAUAAGGAGGCUGCUCUUUACCAAACCUUCCAAGGAAGAGCCGCAAUUCCGAGCAAGCUUCAAGAAGAAGAUCAACCAUUCAUCAAGGUUGGAGAGAUCCCCGAGAAAACGGAGCAAGAAUGAAGCGGUGCCUGUCUCCCGGGUCUCAGCCAAUGGAAGGCGUGUGAUCUCGGAGUUUGAUGAUGAAACGCCCCGUGUAAGAUACAACAGACGGCAGAGCCUGGAAAGUGCCUUCUAUACCUCUAGAAUACUGGAAGAUUAGGUCUGGAGCUCCCACUGUCUCAUCAUGAACAUCACCUUCUACAGUGAGAAGCUCCUGGGAUUCACCUCAUGUUGGCUUUGCACUUGUUCUACCACUACAGGCCUUGGUGAUAUAAGUGUUUGGGUUUUCUGGUGACCCUGACUGAAUGUUAUUCAGAUAUAUUCCCCUCUGGGCCAGUGAAAUGCUUAGUUCUACACAAUCAUUAUAUCACUAAAAUAUUAAACAUAUUAGAGACGUGAUGUAACAUUAUAUAUAAUUUGCAGAUUCGCUGCUUGAUUGUAUUGCUCCGAUCAACAACCCUGUGUAUCUCCUGUAUCACAUCAACAGCUGCUUCUCCAACAAUAACAUUAAACUUCAUUUCAUUCAA